CGGCAAUCAUGGACCCCUGCUCCGGGCUCGAUUGAUUUGCGCGGUCACCUUCGGUCCAGUAAAAGCUGCAAUCGCCAAUCGCAGUGGACUUUGAAAAGACGGCGGCGGCAGCAAGUGUCUUGGGCCUCGGUGCGAAUUCAAGGUCAAUGGUCCACUGUCUGAGGGGGGAAUAUAUCACCAGACACUCGUACUAAAUGUUCGCCCACACGAUUGUCAGCCGAGCGGUGCCGGCAGCACCAGCAACAAUAGCAACGACAUUGUCCCGCGCCUGCACUCGACCUUCCACACGCACAAGCACGCUGUUUGCCAUGCCCCUCAGAGCCAAGCUGUUGUCGCAGCAGCAGCAGCCACAGUCACAACGGUUGAUGUCGACACAAGAAGUCUACGAUCGUUUCAAGCCCCGCGACGGCGACGAGCCCGAGGAUGUCAUCUUCAACAGUCUCUACGGCCUCCGGUCCAUCGAGCUCAACAGGCCAAGGAAGCUCAACGCCCUCAACGGCUCCAUGAUCCGCAAGAUCGCCCCGCGCAUGCUGGAAUGGGCCAAGUCCGACAUGGCCAACGUUAUCGUGAUGAAGGGCGCGGGGGACAAGGCCUUCUGUGCUGGCGGCGAUGUCGCCCAGUUGGCCGGCUGGAACCAGUCCGGGCCUGAGGGUCAGGAGAAGUCCAAGGAGUACUUCGCCCAGGAAUACCAGCUGGACCACCUGAUCGCCACCUACAACAAGCCCUACGUCGCCUUCAUGGACGGCAUCACCAUGGGCGGCGGCGUUGGGCUCAGCAUUCACGCCCCCUUCCGCAUAGCAACCGAGCGAACCGUCUUCGCCAUGCCUGAGACGACCAUCGGUUUCUUCCCCGACGUCGGUGCUUCUUUCUUCCUCCCCAGGAUGCCCGGUUUCGUCGGCACCUACCUCGCCCUGACCAGCAUGCGCCUCAUGGGUGCCAACGUCUUCUACUCUGGCGUCGCCACUCACUACCUGCACUCGACCUCUCUACCGCGCCUCGAGUCCCGCCUCGCCGAGCUGCGCUUCCAGGACAAUGACGGGAUGCAAGCUCGCCUGACCGCCAUCAACGCCACCAUCGAGGAGUUCGUCACGGGCCUACCACACGACGAGCCGAUCCUCCUCAGCGGCGAGCUGCGCCGCGCCAUCGACCGGUGCUUCAGCCACAACAGCGUCGACGAGAUCCUGCGCGCCCUUGAGAAGGAGACGGGCGCGACGCGCCAAUGGGCCCAGGAGACCAUCUCCACGCUGCACGAGCGCUCACCCACGGCCGUGCACGUGGCCCUGCGCCAGAUGCGCAUCGGCGCCAAGUGGUCCAUCCGGGACACGUUCGUGCGCGAGUACGCCAUCGCGUCCAAGUUCAUGGCCUCGCACGACUUCACCGAGGGCGUCACGGCGCUGCUCGUCGACAAGCGGCCCCCCACCUGGCAGCCGCCCUCGCUCGUCGAGAUCUCCCCGGAGCAGAGCCCCAAGCUGACCGAGGACUACUUCCUCCUGCCGCGCGACCAGCCCAAGCUGGAGCUGCUGACAGACGCCAACUACGAGGAGUACCCGCACCCCCCGUUCGGCGUCCCCACCGAGGAGGACAUCGAGAAGAUGGUCCGGCUGGGCACCAUGACGCGCCCUCAGCUCGUCGACGCCUUCGUGAAGGAGAAGGGACAGAAGCAGGGCGUAAAGGAGGUUGUCGAGGAGAUCUUGGCCCGCAAGACCACGGGCGGGUCCAAGGGGCCCGCGAAGUGGGUGUAUUAGAACGGCUCCUUUGGGGGUGUAGGAUAGAAUUGUACGGCUGUGCAUAUGAAGUAUAGAGUUGUACGAUGCG